AGUGAUUUCCGGUUAUAAACUCCGCGAAACGAAUCACACAUGUGGAGGAGUCUGCUAAUAUAGGAUUUUAAGGACAAGGAAUAUUGUUUUUCGUCGCAAUAUGUGAAUGUGUCUCUUGAAUGAAGCCCUGGUGAUGAUCCAGUAAAGGAGCAGGUAUGUCUACCAGUAGAUCCUCAGAAGAUGUCCUGCUCAUUGUGAACCAUGUACGACACAAGAAGACGGAUGGUGUGCUAUACCUCAUGGGAGAGAGGAUGGGCUGGAUGGUGGAGAGCAAGAACAGCUUCUCCCUCAGUCACAUGUACUCCGACAUCAAAAGUCAAAAAAUAUCUCCCGACUCCAAGGACAAAGUGCAGCUUCAGGUUGUGAUGCAUGAUGGCAGUGCGAAGACAUUCCAUUUUACAAACCCCAAAGGUCGAGAUGUUGGGAUCAAGGAUAGAGAUGGUAUCAAGGAACUCUUACAGCAACUGCUUCCAAAGUUCAGAAGCAAGAUAAGCAGUGAACUGGAGGAAAAAAACAGAUUAUUGCAAGAGAGUCCUGAAUUGUUUCAGUUGUAUAAAGACUUAGUGGUCAGUGGUGUGAUAACGGCAGAGGAGUUCUGGGAAUCACGGGCUGAUCAACUAUCGAACAUCGGCAAGAAUGAAGGCAGCAAGCAGUCAGUGGGUGUGUCGGCAGCUUUUCUGGCUGACAUCAAACCCCAGACGGAUGGCUGUAAUGGUCUCAAGUACAAUCUCACCGCUGAUGUUAUAGAAUCUAUAUUCAGGACAUAUCCAAUGGUGAGGAAGAAACAUGCCGAGAAUGUACCGCAUGAGAUGACAGAAAGUGAAUUCUGGACAAGGUUUUUUCAGUCUCACUAUUUCCAUAGAGACCGAACUGUCCUUAGCAGUAAGGAUGUGUUCUCCGACUGUGCCAAGAAUGAUGACAGGGAAAUAAAAGAUGAGGUAACACGAACAGUAAAUGACCCUCUACUGGACAUGUUAAAAAUGACCGAUUCAAAUUCGGGUGAUGGCUUUGGCGGGUCGUCAGAUGAACGUAAGCUCAGCACGAAUCAGACCAACUUGACCAUGAUUCGUCGAUUCAAUCAUCACUCUACUAUGGUUCUGAAGGCGUGUGAAAGUAACAGAACAACAAAACCUCAGGAUGCCACUGAUGGGGCCAGUGGCACUAGUGACAAUGGCCCCAAGAGGUCCAAUGGGGCCGUGGCCACAGUAACCAAUGGUGAUACGGACACCAGUAGUACAAGCUCAGAUAUGUUUAAAGAACCUGCAGCCAAGCGAGCAAAGAUUCGGGAAAAACUGGCAUAUGAGGAUUUGGAAGGUAGAACUCAUUCUAAAAAUGUGAAUUUAAGACUACAUAAAACGGACGGAUACCUUCAUGGUCCAAGACCAGUGGUGUUAUCUAAGUACAUGACGAGUGAUGAUGCAGUCAGUGCAUCAAACUCUGUGUCACAGAAAAUCUCUGACUGGGCUCCGGAACUCUCUAAUGUGCUGCGAGGAUCCGCUGCUCUAGGUGUUUUGGGGGAACUGUCACCAGGUGGCUCUCUGAUGUAUGGCACAAGUCACCAGCAGCUCCACAAUAUGGUGGCAGUAGAUGUCCAGAGCGAGUUGAAGAAACAGUACACGGCUCUACAGGAACUUCUCAGGCAUUUCUGGUCCUGCUUCCCGGCCUCUUCUAAGUUCUUAGAAGAAAAGGUUUGCAGAAUGAAGUCAACUUUAGAAAGAUUUCAAGUAACAAAACUCAUUCCAUUUAAGGAAUCUCUCAAACAGCAUCACUACACAAUAGAUCUUGUGGGGCACCUGGAAGAGCUUCUGUCUACAGCCUAUGCUAAAUUUGAUACUUGGCAAGCAAGGAAAAUGGCUAAGAGGUCAUGACCCCAAAGGCUGUUAGUUUUGACUUUGUUAAUUUGAAGACAUUGAAUUUCAAACAGAUUUUUUUUGUUUUGGUGACAAAUAGUUUUGUGACAUUUUCUCAUGAUUCUUUCAGAUUUUGAAGAUUUCAUCUCUUUUGAAAUUUUAUGUCUAUAUAAUAAAAAUGCCAUGCAGGGUAUUUGCAUUUUCUGCAAAAUUAAAGUUUCUUGUAAAAUAGCUGAUAAACCUGGUUGACAGUAACCUGUUUGUAAAGCACUGGCCUGUUCAUUGUUUAAAUUCUUUGUCUUUAGCUCACCUGACACAGAGUGUUUGAGCUUAUGCAGUGGUGCUGCAUCCAUUGUCAAUCAUCAACUUUUCCUCUUUAAUCACUUCUUCAAAAGAACUACAAGGCCUAUAGUCAUUAUUUGGCCUAUAGCUUUCAGUCAGAUUUGAUGAAAUAAAUUACCUUGAAUCGCUUCCAAGGUCAUGGGUCAGAUGUAUGAAUCAUAUCAACAGACUUAUUUGAGUAAUGAUAUUUGUCCUGUGGCUUGCUGGGAUUGAGUCUAUGUUUAAAUAAGUAAUCUUUACCGAUGUUUUCAAUCACAGGUGUCCAAUAUGUUAAAAACCUUACAGAACUAUGAAGCCUCGAGUCAUGAUGUGUCCAUAAGUU